GGCCGCCGCUCGCCGCCCGCGGAGCCACCGCGGGCCGAUGCGCGUCCGCGCUGCGGCGCGGCCCCCCCGCCCGGGGCGGAAGGCGGGGCGGGGCGGGGUCCCGGCACGGCUCGGCACGGCUCGGCAUGCUGCUGCGGGUGCGCACCGCCGUGGCGCAGCUGGUGGCGGGGCUGGGCGCGGGCGCGCACCCCCCCGCGGAGCCCCGGGGCGGUGGGGAGGGGGCGUCGCCGGCGGGACCCCCGUUCUGCCGGCCGGCGUUCCUGCAGCUGACGCCCGAGGAGCUGCGCCGGGCCGACGACCACGCGGGCCGGGCGGUGCAGAGCCCCCGCGACGGCCGCCGCCGCCUGCCCUGGAGCACGGGCUACGCCGAGGUGAUAAAUGCAGGGAAGAGCCAGCACAACGAGGACCAGGCAUGCUGCGAGGUGGUGUUCGUGGAGAGGAGACCCAGCCUGAGGGGCCGGCUGCCAUCCCGGGAAGGCAGCGGAGAGCUGGACGGGGGCAGGAAGGGUUUUUAUUUCCACUACUGGGCCUUGUUUGACGGCCAUGCGGGCAGUGGUGCUGCUGUCAUGGCAUCCAAGAGGCUCCAUCUGCACAUCUGUGAGCAGCUCCGGGAUCUCGUGGACAUCCUGCAGGACCCUUCCCCGCCUCCCGUCUGCCUCCUGCAUGAUGCGAGGGCUGGCCCUGCGGAGCCAAGCCGGGUGCCCCUCACAGAGGAUGACAGGGAGGUCCCCCACGAUGCUUUGCCGCGGUUUCAUCUGGAGAAAGCGGUCUCCCAUGACAGCCUGGUGAUCGGUGCCAUCGAGAACGCCUUUAAGGAAAUGGACGACCAGAUCAAGCGGGAGCGGGCGUCCCAGCACGUGUCUGGGGGCUGCUGUGCCCUGGCUGCCAUCUACCUCAUGGGCAAGUUCUACGUGGCCAAUGCCGGUGACAGCAGGGCCAUUAUCAUCCGUAACGGGGAAAUCAUUCCAAUGUCCAGGGAGUUUACUCCAGAGACAGAGAGGCAGAGGCUGCAGCUUUUAGCGUUCCUGAGGCCCGAGCUGCUGGGGAAGGAGUUCACCCACCUCGAGUUCCCCCGCAGGAUCCAGCCCAAGGAGCUGGGGAAGAAGAUGCUGUACAGAGACCAAAACAUGAAUGGCUGGGCUUACAAAAAGAUAGAAGAGGAUGACCUGAAGUUUCCACUUAUCUAUGGGGAAGGCAAAAAGGCUCGGGUGAUGGCCACAAUUGGGGUCACACGGGGUCUGGGAGACCAUGACCUCAAGGUGUUCAGCUCCAACGUCCACAUCAAGCCUUUCCUGUCCUGCUUCCCGGAGGUCAGAGUUUACGACCUCACACAGUAUGAGCACUGCCCUGACGAUGUUCUGGUCUUGGGCACUGAUGGGCUCUGGGAUGUCACCAACGACAAGGAGGUGGCUGGCGUGGUGAUGGAGGUGCUGACAAACUAUGAGCCCAAUGACCCGUGCAGGUAUACCGUGGUGGCCCAGGAGCUGGUGGUGCGGUCCAGAGGAGUGCUGAAGGAGAGGGGCUGGCGGCUGGCCAAUGACAAGCUGGGCUCUGGCGAUGACAUCUCUGUCUUCGUGAUCCCUCUGGGUGGCCCAGGCAACUACACAUGAUGCCCGAUGACCCCAGGGCAGCGGGGCUUGCCUUGCCUGGAUGAAGAUGAGCAGGACACUUGACGCUGCCUCGGGGCCACCUCUCCCCCAAGCACUUGUUUCCUGAGCCGACUGUGAGAAGAGUAAGAAACCUGGAGCCUCUCUCUGUGCCCCUGCCCAGAGCAUCCCUUUCCACCUGCUUGCAUCCCAGCCCCGGGUGGAGAUGGAAAGGCCUUGGACAGAGAACGGGGACUGGGGUCGAGGGAUCUUUUUUCAUGCUGCCACUUUCUUGAUUGCUGUGAAAAGCCAAAAGGCUCCCUGGCUUCUUGGUGCAUCCUUUGCAUCUCACCCUGGGCCUGGGGGUGCUGGUUCCAGCAGUGUGCAAGAGCUGUCAGGCUGGUGGGGCACUCAUACCUGGGGAUGUGCGUACUUGCUGCUGCUGCAAUCAUCUCCCCCUGCCCUGUGGCACUUGCACCGGUGACACCAAACCUGCUGCUGGGGCUAGGUGCUGGGGCUAGGAUGGGCAGUGGUCUGGGGUGAAGCCCUGCCGGCAGCUGGGCAAUGCUCAGCGUGGCAUAAAUCGAGCUGAGGGUGGUGUGGUGGUGGGUGAGCACCACGACUGACAUCCCAGCUUUGUGCUUGCCCUCUCCAGCCCCUCACGCCUACAUCCCAGCCACGCACCUUGUUUCAGUCUCCAGUUUGGGAGGAUGGGGCAGUGCUGGUUUGCUGCGGUGCACCGAGAGCCCCUGGGAAGGAAUGAGCAUUGUUGCACUUGCACUGGCUGUGCCACGGGUUCUGCCCCCACCCUUCUUCAUGCCUUGGAUCACUGCUGUGUUUCUGGAGCCAAUUAUUUAUUACUGUCUGGAGAGCUGAGCUGGAAAUUGUCUAAGUCCUUUCUUGGUGUGGAGAGUCUGUAUGAAUAUAUGUCUGUAUUUUUGAGCAGUUCUAAGUUGGCCACUGCUGAGCAGCAGUUGCACGCAGGGCAGCCCUAUUCAGCCAAGCUUAACAGCUUAAACGUGCUGCAUGGAUCUGCUUAGCUGAGGGCUGGAAACCCACAAUAAAAGCAGCUUGGUUGUGACUGGGGGGGGGGGGUGUGGGGGUGGUGCGGGGGAGACAACUCCCUCCUUUUUCUCAAUAAUCUCAAAGCUGGUGCUGAGCAGAGCUGUUGUAGCAGCAGUUGAUCUCUGUGCAGGAUCUUAUUUUAUAUCGCACAUACCACUGACCUGAAGGAUGCAUUUCCUGGAGCUCUGCAGUGUGUUGCAUCCUCCCAAAACAUGAGGGACGAUCCCACCCUGGCACUGUGGUGAGGGGGAGAGCUGCGCCAUGGUCCCUUGUUUUGGAAAAGCUCCCUGGCACCAGCAGUUUGUGUCCUGCUGUCCUGGGUGCAGCCAGCUCUUGUCAAGUGUCACCUUUGGUGAAUGUUGUUUGUCUCUUGUAAUCAGUGAGAUGUAAAUAAACUGGGUGCACUUAAUGGGAAGUGAAAGCUAUCCAGUGAGAUUUUAACCUAUUGACAUCUGUGCUGAAGGGAGCAGGGAGCAAUACUGGAGCUGGGAGCAUGUCCUCACAUAGCACUGUGUGUUUAAAUAAAGGUUUUGCCACUCGGA